AUGCUCAGGUCCCGCCUUCAGUCCGGUAUCGCCGCUGCCUCGCGCACCGAGCUCCGUGUCGCGCGCCCGCUCGCCGCCUCGCUCCAGGCCAAGGUGGCCGCGCGCGCGUACACCCGCCCCUCGGUUGCUCGCGCCGCCAUGCUUACCCCCAUGACCUUCGGAGCCGUCCGCAACUACGCUGCUGAGGCUGGCGGCCGCUUCUCGCGCGCCAAGCCCCACUUCAACAUCGGCACCAUCGGUCACGUCGACCACGGCAAGACCACUCUUACCGCUGCCAUCACCAAGCACCUCUCGGAGAAGGGCGGUGGUACGUUUAUGGACUACUCGCAGAUCGACAAGGCACCCGAAGAGAAGGCUCGUGGUAUUACCAUCUCGACCUCGCAUGUCGAGUACGAGACGGACAACCGCCACUACGCCCACAUUGACUGCCCUGGCCACGCCGACUACAUCAAGAACAUGAUUACCGGUGCGGCUCAGCUUGACGGCGCCAUCAUUGUCGUGUCGGCGACCGACGGCCAGAUGCCCCAGACGCGUGAGCAUCUGCUCCUCGCCCGCCAGGUCGGCAUCAAGAAGCUCCUUGUCUUCAUCAACAAGGUCGACCAGGUUGACGACCCCGAGAUGCUCGAGCUUGUCGACAUGGAGAUGCGUGACCUCCUCUCCGAGUACGAAUUUGACGGCGAGAACACGCCCAUUGUCAUGGGCUCGGCUCUUGCCGCCCUCGAGGGCCGCAACCCCGAGAUUGGUGCCACCAAGAUCCAGGAGCUCAUGGACGCUGCCGACAACUGGCUCGACCUCCCCGAGCGUGACCUCGACAAGCCCUUCAUGAUGUACGUCGAGGACGUCUUCUCGAUUUCGGGCCGUGGCACGGUCGCCACUGGCAAGGUCGAGCGCGGCACCAUCACUAAGGGUUCCGAGAUUGAGAUUGUCGGCAUGGGCUCCAACCUCAAGACUACCCUCACCGGUAUCGAGAUGUUCCACAAGGAGCUCGACCGCGGCGAGGCUGGUGACAACAUGGGCGCUCUUCUCCGUGGUGUCAAGCGCGAGCAGAUCCGCCGCGGCAUGGUCCUCGCCGCUCCCGGUACCGUCAAGUCCGUCAAGAAGUUCAAGUGCCAGCUUUACAUUCUCUCCAAGGAGGAGGGUGGCCGCCUGACCCCCUUCAUGGACAACUACCGCCCACAGCUGUUCAUCCGCACCAUUGACGUGACCUGCGCCCUUCACUUCCCCGAGGGUACCGCCAACGUCCACGAGAAGCUCGUCAUGCCCGGUGACAACGUCGAGAUGGUUGGCGAGCUCGUCCACGACAUUGCCCUUGAGGCCGGCUCGCGCUUCACCCUCCGUGAGGGUGGCCGUACUGUUGGCACCGGUAUCGUCUCCGACGUGUACUAA